UGUGAGGUUGAGUAUGAGUAGAGUCGGUCGGGUCCUACGCUGGCGGUACGUCUCUGUGCCUCUGUGCUUGGUGCUGUGGCGAGAUUUCGUGCUUUUUCCACAGCUUGUUUUUCGCUACAGUGCAUUUUUUGUUCGAAAGGAUCUCUGCAGUGUUUAUUAGUUGGCCAUAAUGGCAUCACCAAAUAAAACAUGGACUGUUGUGUGCUUUACAGCAGAUGACAGUGUGGAAGCAGUCCCUACCCGGUGGAUAAAUGGUGACGAAUGUUUGUGGCCUGCAGUAACUAGGGAAAAACUGCAUGCCCUUAUUAAAAGAUGUGAAUUUAAUUCCUGUUGGCCCUUACAUAAAGUGCGGUCCUUUAGGAAUGCAACAUAUGAUAAUUACGCACUUGCUCGAAAAAAGGCAGCCAAGGCUGAAACAACAAGUGACCUCAACACUGAGGACUGUGACGCCACUGUGACACCUUCAAAGAGGUUGAGAAAAAAAAAAGUUUUUUCUUCAUCAGAUUCUGAUAGAUCAGAUUCUGAUGAGUUACCUAUAAAAUUUAAAAAAAUUCCUGCCCCCCCAACUUGGGAAGAUAAAACCACACACAAGGACAUGAUGAUGAAUUCUGAAAAUGAAAAUAAUAAUUCAAAAGAUGAUAUAGAAUAUGUAGAAAAUCGUAAAAUUCAAAGCCGCAGCUCUGCUACACCUGUAGCAAAAAAGAGCGGUCCACUUCAACAAAUUGAGGAAAACUUGGCUAAUGAACUGAUUUCAGCAAAAAAGAGCGGUCAACUUCAACAAAUAAGAGAAAACUCAACUGGUAAUAAGCUAACAGAGUCAGAAAACCGGCCAGGAUGUUGCAACUCAAAAAUCCUGUAUAACAUACAGGCACUUUUAGUAGAAAUUAAUGAAAAAGUGACCAAUCAUAAGUGUACCACCCAUGAUGAUCAAGAAAUAAAAAAUAUCUUGGAAAAGUCCAAUUUGGAUUUUCCAAUUGAAACAAAAGAGACUUUUGUGCAAUUCAACAAAUUUUUUUCUGUAUCGGAAAACUAUUCAGCAUUGGUGCAACUGUUUACAAAAAUGGGUGGUUCAAAUCUUUACGAGUUCGUGAGACGUUGUAUUGCUCCAUUGGUGAGUGAUACCCUAGCAGAACAGUUCUCUUUCCUUGGGAAAAAAGGAAAAAGUGUUUUUGGCUCCAGCAGUUUGGCAAAAGCAAUAAUUGAUGCUGCCCAAAAAUCAGGUAUUUCCAACAAUCAAAAAGAAAUAGAACUGAGGAUCGGUGACUGGUUGAGGAGGGCAAAAGAGCGAAGGGUCAGAGCAGAGACUAAGAAAAAUUAAAAAAGAACUCGGAACCUUUUUUAUAGUUUCAAAUUUUAGUUUCUUCUUCAUAAGCAGAUUUAGAAGUUAAGUUUUUGAUUUUUAUUUUUCUGUUGUUUAGUCAUAAUACAUGAUAGUCUAAAGAGCCAGUGAUUUUUUUUGCUGUAAAAAGUUGCUGAUUGACACUUUCUUGCUUAAGCGAUGUAGUAUUACACCCAGUGACCAAAAACCAUAGUCUGGCAGCAUGUGGUGGGGAAGUUUGUUGUAGGCAUAAUUAAUUAGUACCGAUGGUCAAUUUUUGUAGCAUAUCAUGUGUCAUUCAAAAAUGUGCCAUUAACAAGGCUGUAAUAAUGCUAGAAGAUUUUCACGGGUUUAAAGCCCUUUUGCAAGGUCUAGCCUUGUAUUAAUGGCACAUUUUUGGAUAAUAAACCGCAAAAAUUUACCAUUGGCAAGUAGUUCAAAUUUUGUGAAUUUUUUAUUUAUGAAAACGCCAAACUUCUCCACUUCCUGCUGCUAAACUAUGGUUUUCGAUCACGGGGCAUGAUAUAAUACUACAUUGUUUGAGCAAGAAAUUGUCCAUCAGCAACAUUUUACGCGAGAAGUUAGACUUAGGGCGG